AAGCGGCGCUGUCAGAUACAGCAACUAAUCACGGGAGCGGGCGUCCUCCCGUUGUGUACUGUAAUCUCAGGGAGGGAGUGGGGGAUGGUGGUGAUCCAGGGAGAAAGAUGGCAGAUCAAGGCUUUCUUAUGGAAGUUUGUGUUGAUUCUGUUGAGUCUGCAGUAAAUGCUGAAAGGGGAGGUGCAGGCCGAAUUGAACUCUGUGCUAGUCUUCUGGAAGGUGGAAUCACACCAAGUAUUGGUCUUCUGCAGGUAGUAAAACAAUAUGUCCAGAUUCCUAUAUUUGUGAUGAUCCGGCCACGGGGUGGGGAUUUCCUGUACUCAGACCGUGAGGUGGAAGUAAUGAAGGCCGAUAUACGACUUGCUAAGUUACAUGGGGCAGAUGGAUUAGUGUUUGGGGCCCUGACGGAGGAUGGUCGGAUUGAUGCUGAACUAUGCAUGGAUCUACUUGCAGUAUCCCGACCCCUUCCAGUCACUUUCCAUAGAGCAUUUGACAUGGUUUAUGAUCCUUUGCUUGCCAUGGAGACUCUGAUUUCCCUGGGAUUUGAGAGAGUACUGACAAGUGGAUGUGACAGUUCUGCGUUGGAAGGGCUGCCUUUAAUUAAGAGACUUGUGGAACAGGCAAAAGGAAGAAUCAUUAUAAUGGCAGGUGGGGGCAUCACAGAGAGGAACAUUCAGAGAAUACUGGAGGGUGCAGGAGUGCAAGAGUUCCACUGCUCAGCACGUUCAAACAAGGACUCCGCAAUGAAGUACAGAAACAACUCUGUAUCCAUGGGAGCAUCACUUCCUACCUCAGAAUAUUCCAUUAAAGUUGCAGAUGUAACAAAAGUCAGGACCUUAAAUGCCAUGGCAAAGAAUUUAAUGUAAACUGGCAGCCCCUUUCAUAAGCGUGAGAUGUACGAGGCAGGUGGUGCUGUGGCAGAGUAACAUAAAAGGUGCUUAUACCUGCAUUUCUGUACCAGCGUGUGUCUAUGGAGAAGAAGAAGAAGAAACUUGUUUGGGAUGUUACUGCAUGAUUUAAUUUGGAUUUCUUUAGGAUGACAGAAGUGUGCAAGGAUAGCGCAAAACAUAUACGCAGACAACAAUGCUCCAAAGUCUUUGUUUCUGCUGCCAAAGCCUCGUUGUACGACUAAAACAGAUCAUCAACACAACAAUUUACAGCUGAUUUACUCAUUAAGAUAGACUCUUACAUUUCCUGUAUUUAUUUUUUUAAUUUGCAUAAUCUACUGCACAGUUUCAGGGAAUCUUUUGAAUUAUUGGUGUACACAGAAAUCUUUACCCAGCUUUUGUUUACAAAUACGACUAUUUUUAUUUGCUUCUGUUUCAGAUCAGUAUGUUUUAUUAUACAGUGAAUAUACGUGAUAAUAUUAUUUCAGUCAAAAAAUCCUGUUCUACUUUUGUUUCUAAAAAAUUACACUUUUAUCUGGUAUAAAAAUGGUGAAAAUAUCAAAAUAUUUUUAACCCAGAUUAAAUGAAUAAGCAUCUU